AUGAGUAGAAUAUCGGUUAAAGCAGUUAGACAAAUACGUUUUAACUCAAAUACCCCAUUAUAUUUGAAUCCCCAUACAUGGGAAAAUUUACCAGCUGAUAGAAUCUUCGAAUUACAUAAUCUUCGUAAAGAUGCAUUGAAAGAAAAUUAUAAUCCCAAUGACGAAGAAAGAAGAGCUAUUUUAUCUACCUUUCAAGAUUUAUCCAAAGUUAAACCAACUUUAGAUUAUGUUUAUGAAAUCGACAAUUUCAAGGAAAGAUUCAUGAACAACACUCCUGCCAGAUUAAGAGGUUUACCACCAAAAAGAAGUAAUGUCAAUGUAGUUCCAAGUACUAAAACUUUACAUGAUGAAAGAAGAAAAGAUCAUUUGAAUAAGGUAAUGGCUUUUGAAAUGCCAUUAUUGGCCAAAUAUCGUCAACCAUAUACUCCUAAAACUAACAAAGAAACUCCAAUUAAAUUGACUUAUCACAGUGAUUUCAGUAAUGAUUCAAAUAACUCAAAUCGUAAGGUUACUUUGACUGUUGCAUUGAAGGAUUUAGCAUUAAAUGAAAAACAACAGAAGAAAUUCAUCAUUUUAUCAGGAAACAAAAUCAACCACGAAACUAAUAUCUUGAAAUUUUCAGUAGAUGAAAGCGAACAACCAACUCAAAAUGCUCGUAUAAUAGUGGAAAGAUUCAACAAAUUGGUGGAAGCUGCCAAAGAUUUGACUGACGAUUUUGCUGAUAUACCAAUAGAUAUUCGUUCCACCAAGAUGAAAAAGAAAUUACCAGUGUUCCCAAAAGAAUGGAAAAAACCUCAAGAUGCUCCAAUAGUUUCUCACAACAUAACUAGAAAACUUGUUGACCUCGUUAAAUCAAAGAAAGAUGAUUCUUAUGUAUCAACUUUCAAGCCAUAG